UGCAAGAUGGCGACUGCAAUGACAGGACGUGGUAUGGCUUUUAUUAGGAAUUUAUCCGGGGUGUUGCAUUCAAGGUUACAGGUUCUAGGUCCUCAGCAGCUCUCAUGUCUCCACACCAGCACUUCACUGGAAUCAAAGAACUGGGAGAGGAGCAACCGGAAGAUGUAUCCGCCUCAGCAACCAGAUGAUGAUCGCAGACCAGCAGAGAUCCACCACAGCAGGAGGCAGAUCAAGUACAGCAAAGACAAGAUGUGGUACCUGGCCAAAAUGAUCCGAGGGAUGAGCAUCGACGAGGCCAUUGCACAGCUGGCGUUCAACGACAAGAAAGGAGCAAAGAUCAUGAAAGAGGUUCUUGAGGAAGCUCAAGAGAUGGCGGUCAAAAAUCACAACGUAGAGUACAAAUCCAACCUGUAUGUAGCUGAGUCCUACUCCGGUAAAGGGAAGUACCUGAGGCGGAUCCGUUACCACGGCAGGGGGAUGUUUGGCAUCAUGGACAGAGUUAACUGUCACUACUUUGUGAAGCUGGUGGAGGGCUCGCCGCCCAAAACCGAGGAGAAGACGAGCUUUGACCAGGCCAAAGAGUAUGUCCAGAGCCUCAAGAACCGAACAAUCAUCCACAGCCUGUAGACCACCUGAUCCUAUUUAACAUCUUUUACUGUGUGUGUCUUUCAUUUGACAUUUGUAAAUAAACAAAUUAAAGAAU